AUGGACGUGACUUUCAUGAGGGAGAGUGGAGAAUCUUUCACAAUGGAAAUUGGUCACUCUGAAACGUUCUUGGAAGUGAAAAAGAAAAUAGAAAAGCACCAUAACAUUCCCGUUUCAAAGCAAGUGUUCUUCUUCAAUGAUCAACUUCUCCAAGAUGAUCAAAUAAUCUGGCUAAGUGGCUUAACUAACGCUUCAGCCAUUCACCUCCAUCUCACCUCCGAUCCACCAAUCAGAAUCCUAGUCCAACUCUACGAAUCCGACUCAAAUUUUCCUCUUGAAAUCAACCGAAGCAACACUGUUCUGCAACUCAAACACAAGAUUCAUGAAGUCUACACUCAUAUACCAGUAAACGAAAUGUCGGUGCAGUUUUCAUCUUUCAAAGGUGAUCAUGUUUUUAAUAAUCAAUCACUGCAAGAACUUGGAGUUUCAAACAAUUCAAUUGUUCUUGUGUUUACUAUAAAGAACUUCCUAGAGCCAAAGAAAGCACCCGUGGCAACAUUGCCGCCAGUGCCCGAAUUUUCAACGCCGUCAAGGAAAUUGAGUUUGAAUGUGGUUCCAAUGGCUAUCAGGGGGAAAGAUGAUUUUAUCGUUGAUGAUAUAGAAUCUUGUGCUGAAGUCAGUGAAUUAAGGAAGUUUCUUGAAUGUUACAACAGCAGUGUUCUUCCAGAAGAUCGUCGUUAUUUUUUCAUUCACAAUCAGAGUGUUAUGCAUGAAGAUAAGUCGUUUCAGUGGCACGGGGUACAGGAUGGCGACACCAUUGAACUCUUUGAUGGACACGUCAGUGGCACCUAA